CGUGGAAUGGAAAGGAAACUCCUAAGAGGAGGCUCGCACCAGUUCGGACUUGUCCGUGAGGCUAAACUAAUUUGCUGCGCGAGGGUAGUCGCCGGGUUAAAGCUUGAAGUGGGGUGACACGGGGCCGGGGCAGAUGGAAAGUCCAGGGGAUGAAGGGGAGAGAGUCAUCUGAUUCCGCGCGGUGGGAGAACAAAAUUCCGAGUGACCAGUAAAAAUGCCACCCGACUCGCCGCGUUCCCUUCUCCUCCGGCAUCCCCCGUCCUCUCCUAUUUUCCUUCACUUUCUCUUUCCGCUACGACUUCUUCCCUCUUCCCUCCCACGCUCCUGUCCCUUCACUGUCGGACCCUCGCUCCCUCACCCGGACUACCUUCUCACCCUACCUUAGGGCUAUUGGAAGGACUGUGAACUGGGGUAAAAGACUGCUCGUGGCUCGUGUCUCGUGCUGAGUCGCGAGGAGGACGGUGAUAGCUUAGAGACGCGCGGCCGUGUGAGGGUGGAUGUGUGGGGCCGCCUUUUUUAACGCACGUGUGUGCAGGUGCGUGAGACUAAGAGAGGAGGAAGUGCCUUAACGAAGAGAGACUUUCUCAGUGAUGGCACUUCCUAUCGGACACCCCUCUCUCUCUCUCUCUCUCUCUCUCUCACUCCUAUUCGUGUAGUUUCGCUUUCGUUUCGGAAAUUAUUGUGAAAUUAUAAACCAGUGUUAACACUUUUACGUCUACACCAAAGUUAUGAAUUGUUAAUGCGAUUGUAAUGUAAAACAUAAAUAAUCUAGAUGUUCAUGUUACAUAGAAGUUCAAAAAUUAAGUUUAAGUUAAAAGAAAUCUUGAAAUUGUAAAAAUAAAACAUUGAGGAAUCGAAGGAUACAUGAGGAACCAAUAGAACCUGGCAAGACGUCGUCCCUGACUUUGAAAGAGGGUGGCAUGAAGUAAGGGGUGAGUUUGCUGGGGGGACUAGAAGCGAGGGUGUGAGGGCGGUAGCGGGGAUUGGGGGUUGAAUCAGCGCGGGGGUGUAUGGGGGAAUUAGUAGAUGGCCGUGGACAAUGUGGGGGAUACUUUCUCAUAUCAAGUAUGGCCGCCAUCGUGGCACGAUGGUCAAAACAAUAUGCGCAGUGAAUAAAGUGAUGUUAUCGUCGUUAUCGUCGCUAUUAUCAGUCACCAGUUUGCACCUCAUUCAAUGAAAACGAUUUAUCACUUUAUCAACGGUAGUUAUCAAAUGGAUAAUGAGAAGGAGCCGACCAAUCGCGAAUAUUUCGGAUUUCUUCACGUGGUCAAGUUGCCGCUGAUUACGAUCGUUGGUUGAUCUGGGAGGUGCGAGAUCGGUGGCCCGUCACGUUCGAGCAAGACAUCCUCGACGAUGGCGCACGAGGCGACGAUAUCGGAGCUGACGGAAUUGGACAGCGACGGAUCGAGUUGCGGGGAACGCGGUGACGCCAGGAAACGUCUUCGUUUCGACGCGGAUUCAAGUGGACCGAAGAAAAGGCGGAAACAAACGACGCCCGUGAGAUUCUCCUCGGCGUUGAUGACCGGUAUGCACGAGGAAUCGAACGAGGAAGAGGACGAGGACGAAGACAGCGAAGGUAAGCUGUCGCCGCAGUCACCUAUACCCAGUCAGUCGUCGAUCAGGGAUGAGAACCUGAACAACGAAUUCCGUUGCCAGUAUUGUAGCCAGUUUUUCGAUAGCAAGGAUACGUUGAACGUACACCUCGAUAACGAGCACGGUUCCGCGAAUAGUCAGGCGCCCGAACAAUGUCAGAGCAGGCCACCGAGCGCCGCGAUCAAACAGGAACCGACUCAGCAAUUGGACCAAUCCGAGAACCCGGUUAAUAUGCUUAGCGUGAAGGAUUUCGCGAUAAACUGGCUGGCCACCACCGGACCGCACGUGCAAUCGCACACGCAGAUCCAGACGCAGAACGAGGAAUCGUGGCCCGGGCCAGCGAAUCAAAUUCCCGCGUUAUCGAACCACCUGCAAGUGCUCUCCGGUUUCCCCGGCGCCUUGGCGCAAUACCUACCGAUGCCCGCGUUCCCUCUGACAGACGCUAACCCGAUCCCAAGACCAUCCUUGGGGCCAACGCCGAUCAGGAUCUUUAAUCCGGACGCGUACUGCGACCUUUGUAAUAAAGAGUUUUGCAACAAAUAUUUCUUAAAGACGCACAAGGCGAACAAGCACGGUAUUUAUGUCGAUUCCCCGGGACCCAGUUGCGCCGACAAUAACGCACCUGGACCUAUGUUCCCCAGUAGUUUUCCUAGCAACAUGGUCAAAUUGGAACCUCCUGCGACGCCACCCACGCCGACCGUGGCGUGUGACUUCUGUCAGAAACGCUUCAAAAACGAGGACUCGAUGCGUAAGCAUAAACAAAAAAUGCACAGCGAGCUAUUGGAUCAAUCUCAAAUGAGUCAGGAGCAGCCGAUGAAUAUGUCUCAGAGCGAAGAGGACAGGGACACGUCGAGGGACAGUUUGGGUGGUAUCGAGACGCUGUUUAAGCAAGAGUACGGCAUAGAACAAGAGGACGCGACGUACGUGCCGGCACCGAGACACCUAUCGCCACAUUCGGUUCAACAAGCAAGAGACUCCGGUUUCAACGCCGACAGGCUUCGCCGUUUAGGAGUCAUAAACCCGGAGGCGUUCUGCGAGAUAUGUUGCAAAGAGUACUGCAACAAGUACUUCCUGCGCACACACAAAAUGAAGAGGCACGGCAUCGUUGUUCAAGAUAGCGAGAGAUCGCCAAGUAAUCCGGGGUCCACGCCUACUUGGCAUCAAGUGCAAACCAGCCCACUGAACUUGAUAGUAACCGAGAAUCCAGGUAGCAUCGAGUCGAACGAACGAGCCGGCGACGAUUACGAGUGCAAACCGUGCGGAAUACGAUUUCAAACGUUGGGCUUAUAUCAAGCGCAUUGUCGGAAGAUGCACGAGGGUGAGGAGCAACACUCGCCGAAACAGGAGUGCGAGCUGGAAGCGGUCGACCAACGGAACGACUCGAUCUCGGAGGAUCUUCAAAAGUUGCAGACGAUGCUGCUUCAAUUGAACGGGCUCAAGUCUGGCAAGGGAUUGUCGUGCAACGUGUGCGGAAAAGAAUACGAAAGCAGAACCGCGUUGCAUAUUCAUAUGGUUACAGAGCACGCCGCGAUCGGCGAAGACCCGACGACGUCGCCUCAAGAAAAAUCACCCUCGACCGCGGCCACCGCGUUUUGCACCCUCUGCGGAAAAGAUUACGCGAAUCAAGAUGCUCUCAGGCGACACGUAGCCGAGGAGCAUCAGCCGGCGAUUUCGAGUGCCGCGAUAACCCACACCCCCGCCACCGCGGCAACCACGACUAAUUCGAAUUCAACGAGCCAGGCACCUGGCACCGGUGAGAGGAAAGUCACGUCAAUGACGCCCACAUCGAGCUAUUGCGAAAUAUGCAACAAGGAACUGUGCAAUAAGUAUUUCAUGAAAACGCACAUGCAAAGAAUGCACGGGAUCGAGAUCGAGAACGGAGCUCAGAUCGGGGGCGUGAUAUGCAACAUCUGUAACAAAGAGCUGUGCAGCAAGUACUUCUUGCGCGUGCACAAGCAUAACACGCACGGGAUCGUCGACGAAAGUACCGCCGCGAGCUCGGUGAAACAGGAAGGGCAUGACGCAACGAGCGCGGAGGAUGCUGCGCUGAAACCGGAGCAACUCGGCGAUCUGAGUCACAGAUACUUCACCCAUUUCACGGAGGUUUGCCCGAUUUGCAACAGGAGGUUCCGCAGCAUAAAGUGGCUGAAGGCUCAUCUGAUGGGUGAUCACGGGAAAACGGGCAUCGAUAAAUGGCGCGAAAUGGAGCAACACUAUCAAACAUUGCCGAAGCCGGCGAACAGACCGGUGAACACGAUGUCGAAGAACUCUCAGUCGUGUUCGAGCUUGAAGAUACCGAACGGUUUUGAAGUCCCGCAGCAGAUAAAGAACGCCGAUUACACCGGUUUGGGUAAUCAAGUACUGUCCAAUCUAUUGGGUUCAUCUUCCGAGGAUCCGCAGUUGAAAAGUUACCGGUGUUCGUACUGCAAUUUCACAACCACCGUGCUGCCGUUCCUCUUCCUACACGAGAGGUCUCACGUGAACUCCCGCGAGAGUUUCGAGGGAGAGAAAUCACUUCAGUGUCCGAUCUGCUCGCAGGGCUUUCAUCAGCCGGAGAUGUUGCAUCAACAUCUCCUCGCCUCGCAUCAAUUCCCCGCGUUACUGUCUCACUUCCCGCCGCCGGCGUUUAAUAAUUUAACCAUAGAACCGGAAAAGUCGAACGAGGCCAAAGAGAAACUCGAUUUAGAGACGAAGGAAGAUCGCAUAGGGAACAGUUCACAAGUCACUGCCAAUCGAAGUAUCCCGGACACGGUGAGGAGUCAACGACAGGAGGACACAGCGGUUCAGGUUACUCCUCAGGGUGUCUACAAGUGCGCACAAUGCGGUUACGCGACGACCAAUUUGAAUAGAAUUAAGAAGCACGUGAAGAAGGACCACAAAGCGAUCGGUGAUCCUACCGAGAGCGUGAUCGCCGAACUUAGCAAAACGUUGAGAGACGUCGCCAAUAGACACAAGAUGCCGGCCUGCUACGCGAUGCCGCAAGACAUGAACUCGAAUCCUGAUAAGACUAUCAUGCAACCGUUUUUGAUAGAAGAACAAGACACGUUGCAAGCCGGCGAGGAAUCCAGUUCGGAGAAACGAUUCGCGUCGGCUUUGGUCUAUCUGCCUGUUAAGUCAAGAAUCAGCAACGCCCUAACCGCAUCCUUCACCCUUAGCCCUGCUUGAAA